AUGCCAAUCACCAGCAGCUCUCAAAGCUUCACCAGCUUCGUUAAUGACUGGCUUAUUCGUCACAGGUAUUUCGUCGAACAGCUUACGUGCGCUUCUUCCUCCGUCGACGAACAGCAAUCUCUGGUGACCCAGUUUCUCUCUCACUGUCUUCAAUACUACCAAGAGAAAUCCUCCGCCGUUUCCGUCGCCGGAGACAACGUUUUCACUUUCUUCUGCCCACCGUGGUUCAGCUCCUACGCGAAACUCAUUCUUUGGGUCGGCGAUUUCAAGCCUUCCCUGGUCUUUAAACUCACAGCCGCUUCCUUGGACGACCUCACGCGUCACCAGCAAGACCGGAUCUCGAGUCUCCGACAGGAGACUCGGAGGAAAGAGAGAGACGUGAUGCGAGAUUUCGCCCUCGUGCAGCAGAGCGUGGCGGAUCCACCGGUGAUGCUCGCGACGAGGCGCGUUGGGGCGAGGGGAAUGGUGGACGGAGAAGAGUCGGAUAUGGAGGAUGCGAUGGAGGUGCUUAAAUCGGGGAUGGCGGCGGCGAUGAACAACGCGGAUCAGCUACGGUGUUCGACGGUGGGGAAAGUGGUGGAGAUUCUUACUCCGUCGCAGGCGAUUAAGGUAUUGAGGACAAUGGGAGAGCUUCAUCUCCGUCUGAGGGAUUUGGAGAAAGACGAUGACUGA